AUGAGUGAUCAUAUUAAGAAUCAAAACGGUGAUAAGGAAGUAGAUACGUUGUUCGAUAUUGAUUUUGAUUACGACAAUGCCAACAAGGAAAACCAAAAAUCAAAGAAAGCUUAUAGUCUAAGGGAUGAGCAAGGCAACGAUAACGUUUUUUAUCAAGAAGUUAUUGAUUUAAAUAAAAAUGAUAGUAUCGUGAAUGAUGUUGCUGAUGGUAGAGUUCACUCGGAGAAUCCAUUCAAUUCCACUAAUUCUGCUGUUGCUGAUGACUAUGAAUUUUUCAAUUGGAAUAAUGACAAUGGUAGCAUCGAUGGAGAUAGGUUCAAAGGACCUUCAGAUUUAACUAAAAUUGGAAGCAAGCCAAAUAUAUUAAAAAGAACCUUUAACAAAAUAAAACAACCAUUUACUGGAUCCAGUGCGAACUUAGAUGGGGACGACAAUAGAUUUGAGAUGUCACAAUAUAAUAAAGUCACGAACAAUGAAGAUGGGGAUGCAUAUGUUAACUCAAGAGAUAGGUUUGAUAUAAAGAUUCUGUUUAAUCGUUAUAUAUUAAGGAAAGGUAAGCCUGAUGAUCAAGAAAAUGGAGAACCAAGGUUGAUAUAUUUAAAUGAUUCAAAUUCAAAUGGUCUUAUGCGUUAUUCCAAUAACCAUAUUUCAACAACGAAAUAUAACUUUGCAACAUUCUUACCAAAGUUCUUAUUCCAAGAAUUCUCAAAAUAUGCAAACUUAUUUUUCCUAUUUACUUGCAUCAUCCAGCAGGUCCCAAACGUUUCUCCAACUAAUAGAUAUACAACGAUUGGUACAUUACUAGUAGUGCUUGUAGUUUCAGCGGUAAAAGAAUUAAUAGAAGAUAUAAAGAGAGCAAACUCAGACAAGGAGUUAAAUUAUUCUAAAACAGAAAUAUUUUCUGAAAUGGAUGGUACUUUUGUAAGUCGUAGAUGGAUUGACAUAAGAGUUGGAGAUAUAAUUAAAGUAAAGUCAGAAGAGGCGAUUCCCGCGGAUAUAAUAUUGCUAUCUUCGUCAGAACCAGAAGGGUUAUGUUAUAUAGAGACCGCUAAUCUUGAUGGUGAAACUAAUUUAAAAAUUAAACAAUCCAGAUCGGAAACAGCUCCAUAUUUGAGUUCAAACCAAUUAAGUUCCAUACGUGGAAAAAUAAUGUCCGAACAUCCUAACUCAAGUUUAUAUACUUACGAAGGUACUUUGGUUCUAAAUGGUCAUGAUAUCCCCCUAUCACCAGAUCAGAUGAUAUUAAGAGGUGCCACGUUAAGGAAUACAUCUUGGGUAUUUGGUGCUGUCAUUUUUACUGGUCAUGAAACAAAGUUGAUGCGUAACGCUACUGCCACACCUAUUAAAAGAACAGCUGUUGAAAGAAUCAUAAACAUGCAAAUUGUCGCAUUAUUUGGUAUUUUAAUUACAUUAUCAGUAGUUUCAUCUUUAGGUAAUGUUAUUACAUUGAAUGCUAGAGGUUCUGAAUUAUCAUAUCUGUACUUAGAGGGCACUAGCAGGGUUGGUUUGUUUUUUAAAGACAUUUUGACAUAUUGGAUUUUAUACUCUAAUUUGGUACCAAUUUCUAUGUUCGUUACUGUUGAACUGAUUAAAUACUACCAAGCAUAUUUAAUCAGUUCAGAUUUAGAAUUAUACGAUGAAACUUCGGAUACGCCAACUGUUGUGAGAACAUCGUCGUUGGUUGAAGAAUUGGGUCAAAUAGAAUAUAUUUUUAGUGAUAAAACAGGUACCCUAACCAGAAAUAUUAUGGAAUUCAAAUCUUGCUCAAUUGCUGGUCGCUGCUAUAUUGAAAAAAUUCCAGAGGACAAGGGUGCUAAGAUGGAAAAUGGGAUUGAAGUUGGUUAUAGAACAUUUGAUGACAUGAAACACAGACUAUCAGAUAAUGAUGACGAGGGAAGGGUGAUUGAUAACUUUUUAACACUGUUAGCUACAUGUCAUACUGUUAUCCCUGAGUUUCAAGAAGAUGGCUCGGUCAAAUACCAAGCUGCCUCUCCAGAUGAAGGGGCAUUAGUUCAAGGUGCUGCUGAUUUAGGUUAUAAAUUUUUGGUCCGUAAACCUAACUCAAUUUCGAUAUAUAUUGACAAUAAGGGUAAACAGCAAGAAUUUCAACUAUUAAAUAUAUGUGAAUUCAAUUCCACAAGAAAAAGAAUGACAACUAUAUAUAGGUUCCCAGAUGGUUCAAUAAAGUUAUUCUGUAAAGGUGCAGAUACUGUAAUUCUUGAAAGAAUGGAUAAAUCAAAAUCCCAAUACGUUGAUGUUACUUUGAGACAUUUAGAAGAUUACGCUUCAGAAGGUUUACGUACUUUGUGUUUGGCAAUGAGAGACAUAUCAGAAGAUGAAUACCAAGAAUGGAAGAUUUUAUAUGAUGAAGCUGCUACUACUUUAGAUAAUAGAGCUGAAAAGCUUGAUGCUGUUGCAGAAAAAAUUGAAAAAGAAUUAGUGUUAAUCGGUGCCACUGCUAUUGAAGAUAAACUACAAGAUGAUGUCCCUGAUACUAUUCGGAUAUUGCAAAAUGCCGGAAUAAAAAUAUGGGUAUUAACUGGUGAUAGACAAGAAACAGCAAUAAAUAUUGGUAUGAGUUGUAAUUUACUAAGUGAAGAUAUGAAUCUAUUAAUUGUCAAUGAAGAGACAAAAGAAGCUACUAGAGAAAAUUUAAUUGAAAAGGUAACAGCUAUCAAAGAACAUAGUGAUAUGGUAAGAGAUUUGAAUACACUAUCUUUAAUCAUUGAUGGUAAAUCAUUAGGUUUUGCUUUAGAACCGGAUUUAGAAGAUUACUUACUGCAAUUAGGUACUCUUUGUCGUGCAGUUAUAUGUUGUCGUGUAUCUCCACUUCAAAAAGCAUUAGUAGUGAAAAUGGUUAAGAGAAAAACAUCAUCAUUGUUAUUAGCUAUAGGUGAUGGUGCAAAUGAUGUUAGUAUGAUCCAAGCAGCUCACGUUGGUAUCGGUAUUAGUGGCAUGGAAGGUAUGCAAGCUGCUCGCUCAGCAGAUUUUGCGAUAGCUCAAUUUAAAUAUCUAAAGAAAUUGCUUUUAGUGCAUGGUUUAUGGUCAUAUCAGAGAAUUGCAGUCGCUAUUUUGUAUUCAUUCUACAAGAAUAUAGCGUUAUAUAUGACUCAAUUUUGGUAUGUUUUCUCAAAUGGUUUUUCAGGUCAAUCGAUUAUUGAAUCUUGGACUAUGACCUUUUACAAUCUUUUUUUCACAGUUGCACCGCCUCUAGUUAUGGGUGUUUUUGAUCAAUUUGUAAGUAACAGAUUAUUAGAAAGAUAUCCACGAUUAUACAGGUUAGGUCAAAAAGGUCAAUUUUUUUCAGUGCCAAUAUUUUGGGGCUGGAUAUGUAAUGGUUUUUACCACUCCGCCAUCACAUAUGUUGGUUCGAUAUUAUUCUAUAAGUAUGGGUUUGCAUUAAAUAUUAAUGGUGAAACUGCUGACCAUUGGACGUGGGGAACAGCGGUAUAUUCAACUAGUGUGGUUAUAGUCUUAGGAAAAGCAGCAUUGGUUACUAACCAAUGGACAAUAUAUACAUUAAUCGCUAUACCAGGUUCCCUUUUGUUUUGGUUUAUCUUUUUCCCAAUAUAUGCUUCAAUUUUUCCACAUGCCAAUGUUUCUCCUGAAUAUUUUGGAGUAGUGUCGCAUACUUAUGGAUCUGGAACUUUUUGGUUGAUGAUAAUUGUGUUGCCAUCGCUUGCAUUAUUGAGAGAUUUUGCAUGGAAAUAUUAUCGUAGAAUGUAUGUUCCUGAAACAUAUCAUGUUAUCCAGGAAAUGCAAAAAUUUAAUAUUUCUGAUUAUAGACCUCACCUGCAACAAUUUCAAAAAGCCAUUCAUAAAGUAAGGCAAGUUCAAAGAAUGAAGAAACAGAGGGGUUUUGCGUUCUCUCAAACUGAAGAAGGCCAGGAAGAAAUUAUGAGAAUGUAUGAUACUACUCAGAAGAGAGGUGAUUAUGGUGAAUUACAUGAAGCCGCAAACAAUCCAUUCUCAGACCAAAAUGCAUUAGGUAAUGGUAAUAACAAUGCAGGAAAUCCUUUUGCCCAUUCUGGCACAAAUAGUAUUGAAGGAGAUUUUGUAACUUUAGAUAGAUCCGACUCAUUUGAUAUUUGA